AUGGACAUUAUUGGCAGGUACAUGGACACUAUUAGCAAGCACAUGCUAUAUCUGUACUACAUUCUGCAGUGGGUGAAAGGGAAGGGGGCGUUGCACGUUGAGAUCCGUGAUAAAAAUAGUGUAGGGUUUAAGGCGGAAACCAAAGCCGAUGGGUGUGACUUCUGCAGCCCUGAUGCCAUGACCGCAGGUGACGUAUGGCCAGAACAUCAUCUGCACAGCACACACGCUACCACCAGCAGCAAUGUAUUUAAAUACGACGCAUACCACGGACUGGUGAUUGCGAAGGAACACGAUCCGCUCAAGCUCAACCGAAUUGCGUUUACGGAUAUGUUAACGACGGCCCGGACGUGGUUCCAAGUGUGUCACUCCACAGACUCGCAGUUCAAGUAUCCUCAUCUGAUGUGGGAUCUGCUUCCGAAGGCAUCGGCCAGCCAACUCCACCCCCACGCGCAAGUAUCACUAACACCCGACCGCUACUAUGGUGCAGCAGAGGACAUGCGCCAGGCUGCUGUGAGUUGUCUGUUACUACUGUGA